CCACCGCACCCUCUUCCGCAUCCCAAAGAAAACGCAGCUAAGGAGCAAGAGGACUUGCUAGGAAACCCGGCCAAGAGGAGGAGGAGGAGGAGGAUAAAUCGGCGAGGAAUCAAGCAUGUCGGGGGUGUGGGUGUUCCGGAACGGGGUGGUGCGGCUGGUGGAGAAUCCGACGUCGGGGGCGGCGGCGGCGGCGUCGGGGAAGCGCAAGGCGCUGCUGCACACGCCGUCGGGGGAGGUGGUGGCGUCCUACGCGUCGCUCGAGCGCAAGCUGGCGGCGCUGGGGUGGGAGCGCUACUACGGCGGCGGCGACGGCGGCUCCAUGCUGCAGUACCACAAGCGCACCUCCGUCGACCUCAUCUCGCUGCCAAAGGACUUCGCCCACUUCGGCUCCGUCCACAUGUACGACAUCGUCAUCAAGAACCGCGACGCCUUCCGCGUCAUCGACGCGUAGAGGCUGCCUUGAUUAGCCUUCUAAAUUUGCUGCUUGCUUGCUUGCUCAUCGUCAUCUAACUAGCUAGCCCUGCAUCUACCUAGCUAGUGGUAGGUUCGUGUGAUCGGUCGUGCUGUGUACGUAUGUAAUCUCUUCACGUAUAUGUGUGUAGUAUACGUGGGUUGUCGUCGACGUAUGUUUGCACACGUGUGCAUAGGGAGUAGCUAGCUAGUCAUUGAUCGAUCGAUUUGGUUGCCAUGUCUGUCUGUGUUGGUCCAAUAUAGUAGUUCUGAUCGAGUUUGCAAGUGAUUGUUUUCUUUCAGUAUCUUUCAUCCCAUUCUCAUGCAUGCAAGUGUGUGGCUGUGUUCAAUCUCAUGGGUUGUGAAGAAUCAAUCAGAGAAAGGCAGCACUGAAUAAU